UUGAGAUCUCACCAGUCUCUUCUCGGCACAGCUCCCUGUAAGAUCGUUCCCGUGCCGUACAGGAUGUGGCAAUUUCUUCUGCUGUUUUGGGCCCUUUCUCUCUCUUCUCGGCCGGGCACCUUCGCCAGAGAUUUCGUGGGCACACCCGCCGAGUGCAAGACGGCCGAAUUUGUGCCCGGCUACAACCUGGCGGGCGAGGGCUUUGACAUCGUAACGAUGCAGCGGAAGGGGGCCUACGUGGUCAACAUGGAAGACUGGAAGAAGCCCAAAGGCUCCUGCAACCUGAGGCAGAACCGAUACCUAAAGGGGAAGAAGCAGAAGAUCCCCUUGGCCAUAGUGGACUGGAGAACCCUCCCCAACUGCAAGAGGCAACUCUCCAGCACCAUCUAUGAGUCCAGCGAAUCCCUUGUGAACGACAGCACCUCCAGCGUGGAAAACAACUGGAAAACUGGCCUGGAUCUCAACGUCAACCCCAACGUCCAAGUAGGGGCGACUCUUGGGGGCACCCACUCCCGGGACGCCACUUACGCCAUGCAGAAGUCGAAGCAAGACAAAUACAGCUUCACCAGCCAUGAGGUCCACUGCAAAUUCUACAGGUAUAGGCUGGUUACAAAGCCGCCAGUCCACACUGAGUUCCUCGAGUCCCUCAAGAUGCUCCCCCGGAGUUACACCUCUGACACGAAGGAGCAGUACCGCGGUCUGAUCAACAUUUAUGGCACCCACUUCAUCAGGCAAGUCAGUCUGGGAGGGAAGGUGAAGAGCAUCACCUCCAUCAAGUCCUGCCAAGCCACCAUGAACGGGCUGACGGACACGGCGGUGAAGGACUGUCUUGAUGUGGAGGCCUCUGCCACUGUUGGGAUGGUUGCCACGGUGAAGACUGAGUUCCAUCGCUGUGAAAGUCUGAAGAAGAAAAUGAACUUGGCGCAGAGCUUUGGCAGCAUGUUCAGCGACCGCCAGACCGAAAUCACCGGAGGGCAGAUCGACUCAGCCGAUCUCUUCUUUUCUGGGGCGUCGGAUCCCAGCGCGUACAAGCAGUGGCUCGAAACCUUGAAGACCAUCCCGGAUGUGGUGUCCUACUCUCUGGAGCCCCUUCACAAGCUGAUGCCUCCCAACGACCCCAGGGCGAGACAGCUACAGCGGGCGCUGGGAGACUACGUCCUAGAGAACGCCCUCUUGAAGAAGUGCUCGGAGCCGUGCCAGGUGGGGGACAGGGUGAGUGCCAGGGACUGCUGCGCUUGCGUCUGCAAAGGCAACAACAACGUCAAGUCCAACUGCUGCCCGGCGGGGAAGGGCCUGGCGCAGCUGCAGGUGUACGGGCUCGAGGCAAAGCAACUGUACGGAGACCGAGGGACCAAAACCGACGGUUCUGUUAAAGUUACGUUUGGUGAGAAGUCAAGACGGACUGAAGUUAUUAAUGAAAACGACAAUCCUGUUUGGCCUGAAAAAUUUGAGUUUGGAAACAUUGUGAUAAACAUGGCGACUAAACUCCAGGUUGAAGUCUUCGAUGCCGAUAGCAGAUGGAACAGCGACCUGCUGGGAGAGUGCUCGUUUGCUCUGAAGAGUGGAACCAAUAAGAAUGUGUGCUAUUUUAAGCACGGCACCUUCUUUUUCUCCUAUACAGUGGAGUGCGCCCCCAGCCUGGGUGGCCCACAGUGCAAUGAGUACAUCCCCUCUCCCAUGAGUCCCAGCCUGGCAACGAAGUUCCACUCGAGGAACGGAGUUCUGGCCUCGGAGAGCUGGGUGCCAGAGUUCCGUAAAAAUCAAGCCAAGAGCCGUAAUCUGAAAUGCAACUCCAGCGCCAGCCACGAGGAAGAGAUCGGGUACAGUAUGUCCCAAGGUUAGAUCCCAGGAGGCUUCCAAGAGGAAAGGGCCACCUCCACGCUUCGCUUCCUUGUCCUUAUCCAGCUCACAGUACACUGGAGACACUGCUAGGUUCAGCACUUUGAAUGCACCUCCUCAGGUUUCAUCAUCUCGGAUUUCUUCAAAUUAAAGUCCAGAUGAAGUGCAUCAUCAUGAACAUCAUCAUAAACCCCACAUGAAAAUAAUCCAAAAAGGGUAACAGUUAAUAUACACGGUUUUCGUUAAGGACUCUUCCUCAUUUGAAAUGGACACAGACUCCAAUGUUUAAUACAGUCUGUUCAUGAGAAUUUUGUGGUGUUUGACACCCCAUUAGGGGAAACAAAGGCAUUAAAACCCAUUUGUUGUUUGCUAUAAAGUUGCAAGUUAAGUUUGUAAGUGGAAAAGGUCUACUGAACAUAAAAAGAACAAUAAAAGAUUGUAAUUGCAAUCAAGAAAAUAUUAUAAUACAACAUUUCCUAGAUUAAAAUACGAGUUUUAUGCAAUUGCACAGAAGUCUUUUUAUAAUGUUUCCUCAAAACUACUGUUAGAAAAUGGAUAUACAGCAGUGGUACAACUACACUGUUCCAGUCUCAUUUUGCAGACAAUAUCAAAUCGUAUAUAAUAUAAUAUUGAAACCAAUUCUCUCUGUACAGACUGUCCGCCUACACAGUGACCACAGAGCCUCUGCCCUGGAGGUCAAGGGUACUUAUCCACUAAGAUUAAAACUGUUUUUAUACUCCCCGGGUUUAUUCGGUUGUAAUAAUGAUUUGCAUUUACAGUACUGUUUAAAGCUCUUUUCAUCUCAUCAGAUUCAAAUGUGCUUUGUAUAUAGGAAGGGACCAAAUGAGAAAUGACCCCAUUAAGUGAAUGAAAGGGAAAGUUUAGGCAGUCAGACACAGAAUUGAAUUUAGCCAGAGGACCUGGGCUAACAGAGUCAUCUUUAAUCACCAGUUAGUCAGAACCACGUUUUAACAUCCCAUCCAAAGUGCAGCAAAUCACAUAGUACUUAGACCCCUUUACUGUUUACUGAUUUGAAAAGACUGCUCUAGGGGGAGUGGGCAUGAGCGCCACCUACUGGUCCACCAAUGCCACCAGCACCCUGGUAUCCAUCCCAGUACUGAUCAGCCCAUGCAUGCCUGCCUUCUGGUACAGGCUGUGGGAGGAACGAGACACUAGUGUUGCAAUGACUCCUUCCACUGCUGUCGUGUGGCAGAAGAACAGGACUGUUUUUUUUUUUUUGCAUUUUGCUGCAUGAGCUAUAUGUCUUAAGAUACACAAUAAAGCAUUUUAAAAUGACACCAUUCCGCUGUGUCCACAUUUCUUUCAGUAAAGGAUAUUACUUCAGAAAAGGUGGAUUCCAGAGUAAAGAAACACAGAAAUCAAGUUGGGAAUCGAGCUGCAGUCAUAUCACUAGCCUGAUGUGUCUGGGACUUGCCAAGCAGUACCGUACAAUAGACUUGAGUCAGUGCAGACAGUAGGGUUUGGUUACUGGACACUGAG